AUGGAAACGGAUGGAGAAGCCAAUGACGAUUUGCCAGUCAUUAUUGUUGGUGCCGGACCUGUUGGUAUGCUACUUGCAUAUCAAUUAGAUCGUCUUGGGAUCAGAUGUCUCAUUGCGGACAAGAAUCUUCAAACAACCCAGUGGCCAAAGAUGGACUUGACUAAUUGUCGUAGUAUGGAGAUCCUAAGGGUUCUUGGGCUCGCUGAUGAUUAUCGAGCGCAACCAGGAGCGGUGGGUGCCGAUGCAAACUUCGACUCUAUAUUUAUUACAAGCCUUGAGUCUUGCGGACACCUUGUUGGUUCAUGGAGGCUGCCAUCUGUACAGCAGCAGCGUAACUAUAUCAAGCUCAAUAACGAUGGUAGUCAGCCAGCUGAACCCGGUCAAAGAUGCUCUCAGAUAAUUUUCGAGGCAUGGCUGAAGCGUCUUAUUUUGAACAAAACAAAGGUGGUAUCCAGGUUUGGAUGGACCUAUGUAGGUCACAUUGAAAACCCGGAAGGGAUCAUUGCUAGUUUCACAGACAAUACCGGCCAAAGACGUACUCUGCGUGGCCAAUUCCUGGUGGGCUGUGAUGGAGGGAGUAGCAGGGUUAGAAGGUCCGCAGGUAUCAAGAUGUCCGGUGGCCAAAUUCCCACUCGCUUCUACUUGGUCCACUUCCGAUCGGCACAGCUGGCACGAGAGCUCCAUUUUGGGCGGUUUUGGCACGCCUUUCCAGCUGGAACUGGCUUUUUGAUCGACCAAGAUGACAAAGAUACCUUUACAGCUCACUAUCCACUGACGGACGACGAAAAGGGCAGUACUUUGGAUCCACAUGAGGUCGUUUACAAGAUGCUCGGAGGAUUUCAAGGAAAAUGGCCAAUUUUGAUUGACGAUGUCCUCAUCCACAGUGAAUGGCAGCCGAGCUUCAGCGUGGCCGAGACUUAUUCAAGCAAGAAUGGCCAUGUACUGCUAGCGGGAGACGCAGCUCAUCGUAACCCUCCUCAUGGUGGUUAUGGGAUGAAUAGCGGCCUUGUGGACGCAGUUGAUCUCGGCUGGCGACUUGCUGCCGUAGCGAAAGGCUACGGUGGGGAUCGUCUUCUCAAGGCAUACGGAACAGAGAGACGACCGAUGAUGAUUCGAGCUCUUCAGCGGUCGCAUCGCCACGUUAUGGAGCAUGUAGUACUGGGCAGCAUCUAUCAUCGGCUUUGGAACACGCUCAAUCGCAACACCCCGGACGGUGAUAGGGCGAGGAGAGAAGUUGAGAGCUAUAUAAAGUUUUCUGGACCGGAAACCUUGGACCGAGGUGUUGAAUUGGACUUGAGAUACGAUCACUCGCCAUUCAUCUAUCCUGACGGGACCCCACCGGUUCCUUGGGACGUCAAGUCUUACAAGCCAAGCACCAGGCCUGGCAGUCGAGCUCCUCAUGUCUUUCUGAAGGACGGGGUUACCAGCACAUACGAUCUAUUUGGAAGAGAAUGGACCCUGAUGCAGUUUGACCCGAAGGACGAUGAAGUCAAUCUGGGCAUCUUCUCAGCAGUGGCCGAGAAACUUGGAUUUCCACUUGAGCAUAUUGUCCUCAGAGGAGAGACCCACGUGCGACGAAUAUGGGAGCGAGAUUUGGUUUUGGUGAGGCCGGAUACCCAUGUUGCUUGGAGAGGAAAUGAGGCACCUGCAGAUCAAGACGAGGCUGAACGAAUACUUCUUGUGGUCGCAGGAAAGAUGUCCUUUCCAGGUUACUGGAAACCAGAAAGGGAUGAUGAAUAUGAGUUUCGAGAAAUAGCGGCUGGAUUUGGUGUAAACAAUGACAAUGAUCAGCCGACUAUUAUUGGUGAGGAUAAAGAUUGA